CCACCAGCUCUCCUUCUAUCUUGCACCAAAGCCCUCCUAUAGCGGCCAAAGCCUCAUCCACAAUAGUAUGUCUGAUACGCAGAGUACCAGCUCCGGCGACAACAGCUCCCCCUCCAGCCCAGCGCCUAAUCCACCUCAACUCACCCCACCACCUUCGAUACGACUAAAAGCAUCUACCGCCGCGUGCGACGUUUGCACUGCGAAAAAUAGGAACCACACUAUGCGCCGCUGCACUAAAUGCUGGUGGCAGACAUGCCACAGCCAGUGUUCCCCGGACCAGGGAUGCUCUUAUAAAGUCGAGAACCGUGACUGUGUUCACAAGUGUCCAGAUGAGAAUCAUUUAAUACCCGACCCCAAGGACCGAAGACAGCAUAAGCAGGGGGGUAGAAGUCAAAGGGAACCCCCAGUUACACUUCAACAAGAACCAGUGAGGCCGGAAACCCCUCCUCCCCAGCACCAUGUAGAGCCCGGCUCUCCUGCUACUAGCACCCCCAGCUCCGGUACCGAAACGAGUUCUGCCAACAGUAGUUGCGACGAGUAUAACAGUGACCGCAAGCAUAUUCUCGCUGGCGCUAAAUGCCUGUACGCCCUUGCGUUGGAGGCUCUAAACACUGAGAUUCCGGAACUCUAUGGUGAUGGCACUGAAGAUUCCGUUGGAUACGCAUUGGAAGAGGCCAAGAGCGCUUCAGCGAGUUUCAACGAUGGGGUUUGUCUCACGGAUGAUGAUGACCAUGAGAAGAUCCAUAAUGACACUAGGUAUGAGGCUGACGAUGAUGGUGAAACUACCGACAGAGAUGACAGUCACGAUUAUGACGAUGAGAAUGAUGACAAUACCGCUGAACCAACCGAUGGUCUCUUAGCAAAGAACAAGACCAAGUGUGAUAAUAACGAGCGCCCCAGUAGAUAGUCCAGCUUUUCAUCUACCAUCAAGUUGCUGUGGAGGAAGGCGAGGAGGUUGUGUUUAUUAUGUAUCUAAUGGUUCGCAGGGCCUUUUGUUUCGCGCUUGCACAAAUUUCU